AAUUUCCUUGACCCGUCGUAUUUGUGUGAACUUUCCUAAGCAGAACAAUGUAGUCCGGCAAACUUCAACUGACAACAUGGCGAGAAGGGAGCUGGCUCCCAAUCAUAAACUGACAAGAAGAAAGAAAAUAGUGCUAAUAUUGGGGGUCACCUUGGCGACCAUUGUGCUAGUUAGAAUUAUCCAAUCGCCUUCGUCGGAUCAAAUAAGAACUGCUGACUUUAUGAGACAGUGGUGUCGAAUAAGACUGGCCCGAGUGGAUUGGGAACAAAUGUUAAAACCAUGCAAAGGUAACCUAGUCUGGGGUGUCAGUCUCCCGGGCUGGGAAGCAGAGCAACGCACAGACCCGAAUGAAAGCUUUAUUUCUUUGUGGGAUAUUCGACCGUGUGGUGAAUUCAGCAGGCUGAGUAUUCGGACUGUAGCAAGCAACGGACGAGAAAAAAGAAUCGGAGGAGAUUCGUGGCGAGUGCAGCUAAAGGGCCCGGCGUCAGUUGCUGGGACUGUUUUCGAUCACAUGAAUGGGACCUAUGAAGUCGUGUUCCUUAUCACUGAACCUGGGAAUUACCAAGUGGAAGCAAUUCUGGAUCAUUCGCUUUGCGAUGGGCUCAGAGAUCCGCCUCCAGACUGGUUUAUAGUCGGAAACGCACAAGGAAAGAACCAACAAGAGGGAGUCCUAGGGCCAACAAAGCGUGGCGCUGAGCGGCCGUACAUUUUAAAACCUUUGAGGUCUGGUAACCCAAUAUGGAUCAGCAUUCGCCCAGUGCCUUUUGGGAAAAAGCCUCUUUAUCAAGUUGUGCAGUCUGUGGGCGCCGGUCUCGACUUAACUUGUGGAAUUCAAUGCAAAUUUCUCUGGGAUGGCUUUGGUAAUUGGAUCAGCGGUGUGCAAGGCUCACUGACGUGGAAACCUUUCAUAAGUGCAGAUGGUAAGGGCAGGAUUGUGGCAGAGUCUAAUAUGUCAAUGCAUUUUUGCAAGAGAGGACAAAGAGUAAUAAAGUUAACCCCCCAUACAAGCCUUAGUACCAAGGUAAUCCCUCUCAAGUUAUUUUUAGAUCACUUCGGACUUCAGAAAUCCCAGGAGGGUCAAGAAAUAGCUAAUCCUUUCCAUAAAUUUAAGAAAUGUUUGAAAAAAUUCUCAGUGAUUCCCCCUCACAAGUUCAGAAACAGUUACACACUGUUGGCAACAUGA